UGAUGGUUCUAACGGGGUGGCAAAAAAAAAAAAGACCUCCAGCCCUUUUAAACAUGCGUCACGAGAAACUCUCUUGGAAAAAAAAUUCCAAAGGGGAGGGGGGGCAACAAAGCGCUUAUUCACACCACCAGCCACACUUUAAACUUCCCUUCUUCUCUUCAACCUAUUUUUCUUUCUUACUGUUGAGAACCAUGUCUUACGGCACUCGUAACAACAACAACUCUAACAGUGACGACGACGACGACGACGCUAUGGACUCUGUGGAAAUGGCGAGUCCGGCAUGCUACAUGGGCAUAGUCGAUUGGGACUAUGGCUUCGACAACUUUUUCAGCAAGGACAUUUCCGAACGAAGACGCUCAUGUCAGACUUCAAAGCAGCAGAAACAAUGCUCAUUGCAAGCAACUGCAGAAACUGCAGACUCUGAGAAAGAGGACAACCCGAUAACGUCGUCGUCGUCUCAAACCACACCGGCAGCUUCGUCCUGCACCCACAACAGCAGCAACAAUGCUCCCAAGAAUGAUCAUACUAGUGCUGAAAGCAGCAGCAGUAGUAGUGGCAGUCCUUUUGGGCCAGUGCAACAGCAGGAAACAACGGCAGCAGCAGCAGCAGCAGCAGUUGUCGAAACAACAGCACAAGAGGAUAGUGGCGAUAAUGCCGGGACCACGGAAGGUUUCUCCGAUUUUUGCGGAGGAGAACAAGUGGAGGACGGAGACGUUGAAUGGAGUAACGAGGAUGACUUUGGAGACUUUGCAGAGUUUGAUGAGUGGGAGGAGGACAAGCAGGACACGCACCACCAGCAGCAGCAUGACGAGUUGCUCAACGCAUGGAGCACGGUGCUGACACAGAUUUGUUUGGAUGACAAAAGAACGGACACUGGCGAGAGAGACGAAUGGGUCUCGUCACAUGGCCCAAAAAGCAUCCGAUAUUAUGUCUUGGAAGAAGCUCAUGAGUCAGUGCACAGCAAAAUAACUUGGACCUCAGUGACAUAUACCAUGGAUCAAGACACAGGCGUCCCACGCGUCAGAUGGCCACACUCGAAAAUCGAAAACAUGUACUUGGAAGCGCUUCAUUGCGAGCGUCUUGAGCCUUCCACUGCGCCACUUGUACCCUCUAUGCUGUCAGUCGGAGACAAGCAUGACACUUUGAGCGACGACGACGACGACGAUGAUGACGAUGCUAGUGAUAUCCAGCCUGCUCCAUCGCAUCGAUUAUCUUCGCAGGAGAAGCCACAAGCACCAUCACCCAAGCCACCCACAACACCCAGUUCCUCGGUCAAAAGCCCUAUUUUUGGAUUUUCCUUUUCAAAGUUUUUGCCACGCUUAUCCACCACCUCGCUCCCUCGUUCCGACUCCUCUGCUCCAACAUCAGCCACGUCCACCCAGCGCUAUUCUCUCGAAAGCAUACCCAGAACAAGCGAUGGCACCGGCACCACGUCCCCGGGAAAAGAUCACUCUCAUCGAUCUCGUACAUCAUCGCCAAUACCACCUCCCGUCAUAGCCGCAUCACCACCACCACCUAUCCUACCCCAAAGCAACUCUGCUGAAAAGCUCGAGUAUCUGCCACAACAACAAAUACACCUCCAGAAUCAAUACCUUGGUGAUACCCAAAAAGCAAUACCCGAAAAACGAUACAGCUUGCCUAUUUCCAGUAGUAGUAGUAGUAGUAGUAGUAGUACCAAUGGCUCACCAUGGAACACCCAUACCAGCACAUUGACUGCUAGCAUGACAGCUGAACAGCAGCAGCAGCAGCAGCAGCGUCGUCGACCCAUGACCAUGAUCAACACAUCACUUGCAAACAAAUCCUUCAGCAUCCUUGAUCUCGACGACGACAUAGUAUCGACUCCACCAGCAUCUUCUAGGACAUUCUCAUUUACCCCGUUGACACCAACACCGACGCGUGCAACCAGUAUCCCCACGCUUAUACCAAAGAAAGCAAGCGAGCCAAUCCAACAAAAAGAUCUACAUACUAGCAAGGGUGGUGGUUGCUCGUCACCUGCAGCUUGUACUACUACUACUACUACUAGUAGCACCUCCUCCUCCUUCUACUACCAGGACAAAGACGACCAGGAAUUUGGGGAAUUCGCUGGGAGCACCAACGACGAGUUUGGUGAUUUUGAACAAGCAGACCAAGAAGAAGAAGAAGAAGAAGAAGAAUGGGGAGAUUGGAAUGGUGUUGGUAGUACCACUGCAAUAAGCAGCCAUUAAAUAAACGUGC